AUGGUUCUUGAAGCUACUAUGAUUGCAAUCGACAACUCCGAGUACAUGCGUAACGGAGACUAUCUCACCACUCGUUACGACGCUCAGCUUACCGCCACAGAGUUCAUCUUCCAGAACAAGCUCAAUUCGAACCCAGAGAAUACCGUGGGUUUACUCUCGUACGGUGGAUCGGGGCCUCAGGUGCUCUCUACGCUAACAACAGAUUUCGGCAAGAUCUUGUCGGGAGCACAUGGAACAAAGAUUGAUGGAGACAACCACUUCUCCAGUGGAAUCCAGGUGGCCGCGUUAGCAUUGAAGCAUAGACAGAAUAAAGUACAGAGCCAAAGGAUCAUUGUGUUCGUUGGCAGUCCGCUCAAGGAAACAGAGAAGGAAUUGGAGAAAUUGGCCAAGAAGAUGAAGAAGAAUAACGUUGCCAUCGACGUGAUCAACUUUGGUGAGGAGGCAAUCAACACCGCCAAGCUAGAGAAGUUCCAUGCGGCCGUGAACAACCACGACAAUUCCCACUUGGUCACUGUGCCUGCGGGCUCGCGUCUAUUGUACGAAGUGAUUGCUUCAUCUCCUAUCUUAGUGGAAGACGGUUUCGACAUGGAUGGCGCCGCUGGAGGCGAGUUCUUUGGAGGCAUGGAUCCUAAUAUGGACCCAGACUUGGCAUUGGCAUUGCGUCUCUCUUUGGAAGAGGAGAAAUCAAGACAGGAACGUGAAGCAGCAGAAAAAAACAAGCAGGCGGGUAACUUGGAUAAAAUAGACGAGGAUGCCGAAGGCGAAAACAAGGAUGACAAAAAGGGGGAGGAGAAGAAGUAA